UUACGUGUUUGAGCAACAUAUGUAGGUCAUGUAAUUAACUUCAACACGUGGACAACUAGGCAAGAUUUUACCACGUUAUUUAUUGUUUGUCACUUCUAUGACAUGCUAGGUAAAUGCUGUGGUCAUAUUUGUGGUGUCAAAAUGCACUGAAAGCAACCAUUGAGUCUGACUUAUAGCUGGGUGGUCUUAGAUUCGGGUUGGCCGUUAGGUGGGGGUUAACUGUACAGGUUAACAUGUAUCUGUUGGGAUUUUUUAAACAAUUAUUGUAUAAUUAUUUCAGCGCCAGUUUAGUUCAUGUCUCCUGCAUUACAAUAAUUAUUCAUUUUAUAUACUUAUUUUGUUCAAUGUAUAAAAAAUAAAGUGAAACCUGUCUAAACCAGCCCCUGAACCGACCGGAAUCCUAUCAAAACUGGCCAAGUAUCAAGGUCUCAAAUUUCCAAAAUUCUAAAAACACGAGCCUCAUUCUGUCUAAAUCAGAUAAUUCUUAGGUCCCCGAUGUGAUUCAGUUUAAACAGGUUUCACUGUGUAUUUACUGUUAAGUAGUGUCAUAUUUUUCUUUUAUUUCAGAAUAUGUUUCUGAUAUGUAUGUGACAACAUUCCAAACCUUAAAUGCAAUAGAUUACCCUGUUACUUGGUAUGUGGUGCUGAAAAAUCAAGACAAGAGAUAUAAAUAUUAUAUUGAUGUAACUGAAACAACAAACAGUAAGAACACAUUUUCCUGCAGGCCUACUUUUGCGCAGAAAGGAAAAUCCAUCUGUAGUAUAGUUGCAUAUAAGUGUGUACACCAUGGUGAUUAUCAAGUUAAACUUAGGCAUACUGACGGAAGUUCGAGUGUGUCUAGUCAACCAUCUAACUUUAGUGUGGUGUAUGUCGAUGAUACAAAGUUCAAAUACUUCUCGAAAAUGAAACUCUCAGGAACUGAUCAAUAUUUGCAGUCACCAGAUCUAAAGUUAUACAACACAAAUAAGCGUUUGAAUUUUAGUGCCCUUGAUUUCACUAAAAAACCUAAAUUUACCUUCGAAUAUGAGUGGACAUUAAUGAUUUCAAAAUUAAAUGAUCCUGAGAUUUGCCAUCAGCUUCAAGACUUUGAAAUAGUUCAGAUACCACAGCAAAAGAAAAGUGGUCAUUUGGAGGUGCCAGCCUAUUACCUACAAGAUGGAUACUUUAGGCUCUGCGUAAAUGUUCUUCUUCACACAAAUAUAAGGAAAAAAACCUACAAAAAAUUUGCCUGUGGAUUUUUCAAGACAUUUACGUUACCUUUGGAAGUUGUCAUGGUGCCAUCUGAAUCCUAUUUGUCAGUUGAAAAUCACAAGCCAGUCAUAUUAAAUGCUUCAGCAAGUUUUGAUCCAAAUAUAGCGAAUGUAUCAGGUUCUGUGGCGAACAAAAUUAAUAUCACCUUCCAGUGGUACUGUGCAAUGCAGGAAACCAAUGCCAGCUGUAAAUUUGUAUCACGCUUAUGGCCGUCGUUUGUUCCAGACCCACUCAAGCCAAACUUGAUACCAGUCACUGACUCUGUGUUGAACAUACCAAAACGCAUCUUGACUGUGAACCAAACAUACGUACUGACUGUCAAUAUCAGCAAGCCAAAAGUACCUGGAGACAAUGCAUCAGUGACUGUCUUCAGUGCCGUUUCCAAUGUUCCAAUACUCAACAUUAGAUGUAUAUUCAACUGUAAAGAGCUUGUCAAUCCAACAGAAAUGUUGGCUCUGGAAGUGGACUGUGAGAACUGUGAAACAGAGGCUAUCAACGUGACAUCAUACCUUUGGAUGCUGUCGAGCGUCAAGUCUGGCGUCAUACCAUUUGCCGUGUGGAAAUCCAAAUCGACCACUGGCAAUAACCAGUCAUCUCAGGUGCUACUGGCUGAGGCCCUCAGCAUAUCCGCGCAAUAUGUAUUCAGACUCUCAGUUAGUACACAGAAAGGAAUAACGGAGAACGCUGAUUACAAGAUUGAGACGAACACGCCACCGGGUGGUGGGUCGUGUUUCAUCAGUCCGAAGUCAGGCCGAGCUCUGUUCACCCACUUCAAGGUCAGCUGUAGUGGCUUCACGGACAUUCAUCUGCCUCUCACCUACAACAUCUACCUGAUCAGUGAAGAUACUACAGGUCUUUCACAAGUGUUUCUUAAUAUGGAAAAUAUCAACCGAGUCUAUGUUAAUCAGUAUUUGUCGAGGUAUGGAUAUCUAAUAAUGCACCAGGCUGUUCUUCCCAUUUCAGAAAAUAUGGUGUACCAUGGUGUUAAAAGUUCUGUGGACUCUCUGAUACUUCCACAGGGGCUAAAAGAAUUAGAAUUCAAGCAAACAUUAAUAGUCAGUGUGAAAGACUCACUUGAAACCAGGACAUUAGUUUCUUUAUCUGUACAGGUUUUCAGUCCACUAGAUGGUGAUGAGGAUCGACUGAAACUGUUAGAAGAAUUUGCCAGGAACAUCACUUCUACACGUUAUAAGACAGACGACUUUCUAACACAAGCAUUGUUUGUUGUUAUCAUGCUUGGCCAAGACGAUGUGAAAACAAGUACACUGGCUAAUGAAGAGAUUGAGUCAUCGAUUCGUGAAGUGCUUAUGGAAUAUCUUAAAGAUUACGACAUAAAAGACAAAUUUGUGCUACUUCGGAUGAGUCAGAUUGUAACAGCCAUCACUUCACAAGAACAAAAGUUGUCAAAAAAUAUGGAGAAACAUGCCUUGAUUGUUGUCAACCAGCUAGCAGAUGGAUUAAAGCGUACAUCGAAGACGUUUCCUUCUCUUUCGAGACACAUUGGCUUUCUACAAUUUCAUACUGUGGAUAUGCUAGUGAACUUAGUUUCCAAGGUGGCGAAGAGUGAAUCUGUUCCAGUAUUAACUACUGAAUCCCCACCAUCAACCAGUGAAUUACCUGAGCCAACUACUGAAUUACCUGAGCCAACCACUAAAUCACCAGAAGAAAGAAAAAAGUUAAAAGCCAUGAUGCAACCUUUCCUGCAACUGUUUGAGAAACUUGGCGACACAAUGCUGAGUUCGUUUCUAUCUAAAGAUGAAGAGCCGAUAAGUAUUCAGUCUGACCAUGCCGCCAUGGCGACCAAGUGGAGCGAUACUGGCGUCGAGGAUAUCUUCCUGUCGGAGCAUGUGUUGGCAGAUGAGAACGUCCGUGGUACUUUCGCUAUGCCCAUGGCCAGCACAUUUUCCAAGUACAACAAGGAGAACAACUCGUCAGUGCAAUCUGUCGAUGUUCAGAUGCAGAUUAUAGAGAAUAACCCAUAUAUUUGGGCAGUAUCUGAAGCAAGAACCAAUUUACCAGUGAUGCAGAUUUUGAUCAAAGAUCGAGGGAAGAAAGAGACACUUAGCCUGUCAAAGCUGUCAAUUCCUGCAGAUAUUUUCAUAUCAGUAAACAUAUCCAACCUUUUGGAAAACGACCAAGUAUACACUUUGCAUGCAUCAUAUGCCAAUCAGAAAGUGUUAUCGUCAAAUGCCAUGCAGUUGGCCAUUCCACCAGUUGUAGGGAAAACUAAUAUUUUAAGGAUUUUCCCAAAGCAGACAUCAUUGAAACUGCAGGUGUUUUUGGGAACUAGGGACGUCGAAGUUAACCUGGAAAAUAUUAAACAGAAUGGAUACAGCUGGCCCAUCACAGAUAAAGCCUUGUUGACCUACAAGCUGCUAACACAGGACCCAGAGCUUCUGUUCUUGACAGAAGAUGUUCUGGGAGUGAACCAAACCAAUUUUACUGUUGGUGUCCGAGUUAAGUCUGGCCAAAAUAUUGAACACCAAGAUGGUGAAACGGGCACAGUUGCAAUUGAGUUUGGCGUUCAGACAUUCACUGCUGAAUGUUUCUACUGGAAUGAGAAGGUAGACGACUGGCGACAAGAUGGCUGCAUGGUCAGCCCUUUUACGACUCUAAAAACUCUGCACUGCUGGUGUGACCACCUGACAGCGUUUACCGGUGGAGUGUUUAUCAUACCCAACACGGUGGACCCAGUUGAAGAUAUUUAUCUCUUCCUGACAUUCUUUGAUAACCCCAUUGUUGUAACAAUGAUUGUAGGUGUUUGGAUUCUGUAUUUUAUGAUACUUUAUUGGGCACACAAAGUUGAUCAUGAAGAUUUGCAAAAGAAGGGCGUCACAUUGCUUCACGACAGCAACCCGACCAACCACUACAUGUAUCUGAUCUGCGUGGUGACCGGCUGGUGGCACGAGGCUGGGACCACCUCCAAGGUGUUUGCCUAUAUCUGUGGCCAGGACGGCAUGUCCGACCGACACGCUCUCUACGACAGCGAGAGGCAACUCUUUUCAUCGGGCGCAGAGGACUGGUUUCUUCUCAAGACAGCCGACAGUCUGGGAAAGAUUCAGUCCGUCGUUUUCUGGCACGACAAUAGUGGACACAGGCCAUCCUGGUACCUAAAAGAAGUGGUUGUCAUGGAUCUUCAGACCAAUGAGACAUGGCACUGUCUGUAUGACGACUGGCUCAGUCUCGUCAAAGGACACCAAACAGUCACUGCCGAUAUCCCGGCCAUUGAGAGCAAGACGUUUGCCAGCAGGCAUUACUACCAGUUUUCACAGAUGUCCAGCCAAAACUUACGCAGUGGACACCUGUGGAUCAGCAUCUUCUCGAAACCAGCAAUCAGCACAUUUACGCGUAAACAGCGACUCACGUGCGCCCUAUGUCUGCUUGUGUCGACAAUGCUGGCCAACAUCAUGUAUCACGGAGUUCCAAGGGACGAUCCAGCAGACCAGAUUGAUUACGGAGAUUUUCGCCUGUCGUUGUCCGACUUUCUCAUCGGAAUGCAGUGUUCCUUGAUAUUGUUUCCUAUCAACAUGAUCAUCGUCUAUCUGUUUACAUCAGUGAAACCCAGACAAAAAAAUGCACCUGUUUGUGGUGCAAAAGUGGAGAAAAGUGAUUCAGCUUCGGUAUCACCAUCUUAUUCACUAGGUUCAUUAGCUACCAAAAAGCAAGAGUCAAAGGGGAAAUGUUUUUUAAAUUUGAGUUUGCCAUGGUAUUUCCUUUAUGUUGCCUAUUUCAUAGCAAUCACAACCGCACUUAUCUGCUCCUACUUUGUGAUGCUGUAUGGACUCAAGUAUGGCUACAACAAAAGUUUAUCAUGGCUCAUUUCGUUCUUCACGUCGUUCUUCCAGAGUGCAUUAAUCAUACAACCUCUAAAAGUUUUCUUUGUGGCUUUUUUGGUGACACUGUUAUUAAAACAGCCAGUUGAGUAUAAAAGUGGAAUGUCAAAGAAAGAAUUAGAUGAAGAUGAGGAGUACUUGCACCAGGAAAUUCUUAAACGCGAAGGAAUCUUUCCUGAUGAUGACUCCAAUCAGAUGCACGAGCAUUACAUGCCGCCAUUAUCACGGAGCAGUCUUAAAGGAAUUCGCAAACGAAUCAUACUCGAACAACGAACUAGAGAAAUUCUGCUGGAAAUUAUUAUGUAUUUUACAUUUGUUGUCAUUGUCUUGAUGGUUGUGUUGGGCCACUCCGAUGUGACAGAGGCGUUCUAUGCGACCAAGGGAAUUCAUGAUAUCUUUAUUGAGGCAGUUUUUAAUGACAAUGGUGUGCCCUUUUAUGAUGUGACCAAUGCAGAAUCAAUGCUGGAAUAUCUGAAUUUGACACUUUUGAGUAAUCUCAUGUCGGACUCUCAAGGCAACGCUCUACACCAGGACUCACAUGCAUACCUUGUAGGCCGAGCCAGAUUGCGCCAAAUACGAAUACUAAAUACAGCAUCCUGUGUCAUUACUUCUAAAAUAGCUUCUAAACUGAAAUCAACAAAAGCAUGUCUUGAAGCCUUUACGACUGAUGCCAUGGACACUCAGAUUUAUGGUAAGAACUGGCGGAACAGAAUUAGUGCUAAUGAAAGCACGAUGUGGACAUACCAAUCUGGUAUUGAGCUGCAUACACUUUCAAUUAUGGGAAAACUUGCCACAUACCCUGGUGGUGGCUAUGUUCUUCAGUUUCCAAGAAAUGCUGUUUUGGCACACGAAGUUUUGGAAGACAUGAGAAACACAUCAUGGAUUGAUGAAUACACUCGUGCCGUGUUCGUGGAAUUCACGGUCUUCAACCCAAGUGUACACUUGUUUACGGUAGCGGAACUGAUUUUUGAAUUUUCAAACACGGGUUUUGUGUAUCCCUAUCAUCAAAUCUACACGUCUAACUUCUAUCACUAUCAAAAUGAGUUCGAGACAUUUGUUGCUGCUUGCGAGGUCCUCUUUGUAUUGUAUCUGGUGACUUUUACAUACUGGGAAAUCGAGAAGAUCCGCAAACUGAAAUGGGUCAAAUACUUCAGUGACUCAUGGAAUAUUGUGGAAGUCAUCAUUUUAAGUUUAUCAUACACUAUCAUCGGCCUCUUCAUAAAUCGACUGAUUAUUUGCAGUCAUUUGAUGAGCAAAUUCAGUGACUCCGAUUAUGAAAAGUUUGUCAGUUUUUAUACUCCAGCCUUUUUUGGUGCAGUUCUUAGAUAUGUUAUGGGGGUUUUAAAUUUGUUUACGAUCAUUAAGUUUUUCAAGCUUCUUCGAUUUAAUGUUCGAUUAACUUUAUUUGCACAGACAAUUAACUAUGCCAAAGGAAAGCUUGUAGCAUACAGCAUUGGUCUUAUUGGAAUAACGAUGGCAUUUUCAAUGUUUGCUCUUCUUCUCUUUGGAUACACUCUCAAAGGAUACAGAAAUUUCUCAUCAACAAUGAUAUCAAUGUUCAUUUUCAUGCUGGGGGAGUCUGAUUAUUAUGGCCUUGCAGAAGGUGAUGCCAUUCUUGGGCCUGCGUUCUUCUUUUUGUUUUCACUGACAUUUCAAUUUAUAUUUAUGCAGUAUUUUAUUACACUUCUUAUGGAUGCAUUUAAUAAAACACAGACAGACAUAGCCACAAUGAAAACAGAGGUGCACAUGCUUCAGUACAUAAUUAGAAAAUUUUAUCUGCUUUUAAUGCUUGAUAAUCAAAAACCGAAUUUAAAGAAAGCAGUAUAAUUGUUAGUGGUGAAAAUAUGUUGUUUGGAUUUUUGUUGGCUUUUUAAAAAGUUUCUUUUUGUUAUGCCAUCUUAAAUUAAAAUAUACUGAAUAGCUUUUGUGAUGAAAUAUAACACUUCAAAUUAGAUAGGAUUCAAUUUGAAACAAUUCAGCCAAUUUAAAACUCAGUUUUACAAUAUUGAAAUUCGUCUAAAUUUUAUACAUUAAUCCUUAGACAAAUGGUGUGCAUGCUUGUAUGUGUUGGUGCAUCUGUUUGAGUGUUGGUGUGUCUGUUUGUGUGUUGGUGUGUCUGUUUGUGUGUAUGUGUUGGUGUGUCUGUUUGUGUGUAUGUGUUGGUGCGUCUGUUUGUGUGUAUGUGUUGGUGCAUCUGUUUGAGUGUAUGUGUUGGUGCGUCUAUUUGAGUGUAUGUAUUGGUGUGUCUGUUUGAG